CAGCCAGCCCCACCCACUAUAGAAAUUGCUUUGCAAAACAUUUGGCAACAUGUCUCACACUAUUCUACUCAUCCAACCAACCAGAGCACACGAGAACAGAACCUACACUGACUACGAGACACUAGAUGAGUGCUUGGAAGGAAUAUGUAAGAUAUACGAGGAACAUUUACGUCAGCUUCAUCCCCAGAGUCCUUCAAUCACUUAUGACAUCAGCGAGCUCUUCAAGUUUAUCGACAACCUUCACGAUCUUAGCUGUCUGGUUCAUCAGUCAUCAAGUGGUACAUACUCUCCACAUAAUAAAGAAUGGCUGAAGGAAAAGAUAUACGGAAUGCUGAAGAAACAAGCAGGACCAAGCAGAGGAAGGCAUUGAACCAAAUACCCAGACACUGUUCCAUGACUCAUUAUCGUUAUUAUACUAAAUGUGUGUAAUGUACAUUUAUUUAGAACUAGAACUUUUUUGCACUCCAUUUUGUUCAAGUUCUUGCCUUCUUUGCAA